AGUUGUAAGUGCGUGUAAGGAUGGAAGAGAAUGAUCGGAGAAAUGGUAGCUUGAGGUUGGGAAUGGGAAUGGGGUUGAUGAAGAAAGUGCACACAGAAGAUACAGUGGUUGUUGAGAUUGAUGCCAAUGGUGAUGAUGAUACGGAUCAGAUACUCCAAAGAAGAAGAAGAAGACAGAGCAGGCAGCGCCUCCUCCAUGAGCUUCUAGAAGAAGACGAUCACAAACUGUGCCGCCUGUCGGAGAGGCAGAUGAAGUCACUGCUUGCUCUCACCGACACCAUCUUGCCGUCAAUAAAACCGCCGCCAUCUUCUCAAUCAUCAUCACUUUCCAACUUCUACAGCACUUCUGCUUCCAUGCCUCCUACACCUCACCGUCUUGGGGUUUUGAUAAGUGAGAAGCUGAAACACCCAAAUACAUGGCUGCUAAGGUUAACGCUGUGGCUACUAUCCACAUGGUUUGGGACAUUCAUACUCUCUGGAAUUCCCAGCAUCACAACCAGCUUCCCAUUCUUCCACACCUUCCAUCAACUUCCUCUUCACAACCGCCAACAAAUCAUGCAAUCUUGGUCUCUCAGUUACUUUCGUCUCCUUAGGAUGUUUUUUAGGACCAUCAAGCUCCUUACCCUCCUUGUCUUCUUCACUCAGGUAGAUGAAUCAGGAGAAAAUCAAUCAUGGAAUGCAAUUGGAUAUAGUGGACCUGAUCCUGACUUCAAAUCAUCAAAAGAGAAUGAUACUAAUGUGGAUGGUGAAGAAGCUAUGGGACCCCUUUACAAAGGCGUUGUCCAUUUGAACUCCCAAAGAAGAGAAAGCAUUGCAGAGUCUCUAAGAACAUUUGGGUUCUGUGUCUCGUUAUUGAGUCCUAAGAAGGAAAGUAGCAUAUCAUCUCCAUCUCUAUCCAUUGAAUGUGAUGCAGUUGUUAUAGGUUCCGGUUCAGGAGGUGGCGUAGUAGCCGGAGUGUUAGCAAAAGCCGGUUACAAAGUUCUUGUUUUGGAGAAAGGAGGCUAUUCUGCUAGGAACAAUCUUUCCCUUCUUGAAGGCCCAUCCAUGGAUGAAAUGUACCUCUCUAAUGGUUUGGUUGCAACUGAUGACAUGUCCGUGCUAAUUCUAGCAGGUUCCACAGUUGGUGGAGGCUCUGCAAUAAACUGGUCAGCAAGCAUCAAGACCCCAAAACAUGUGUGCAAGGAAUGGUGUGAAAAGCACGAGCUAGAGCUAUUUGAGAGUGAACUAUACAAAGAAGCCAUGGAAGUUGUGUGUGAGAAAAUGGGGGUGCAAUGCGAGGUAGAGGAAGAAGGUCUGAACAAUGCAGUGUUAAGAAAAGGGUGUGAAGAAAUGGGAUAUCCAGUGACUAACAUUCCAAGGAAUGCGAAAAAAGAUCACUAUUGCGGUUGGUGCUGCUUUGGAUGCAAGGAUGGAAGGAAGAAAGGCACAUCAGAAACAUGGCUUGUUGACUUAGUUAAAUCAGGUAACGGAGCAAUUCUACCAAGCUGUGAGGCCAUCCAAGUGCUGCAUAAGAAGAAGAGAGGAGGCGCAAGAAGAAUAGCAAAAGGGGUAGCCUUUCAAUUUGUUGAUCACAAAGGAAGCAAAGAGAUUUGUGUUGUGGAGUCUAAGGUCACAAUAGUUGCAUGUGGAGCACUCUGCACUCCUCCAUUGCUCAAGAGAAGUGGCCUCAAGAACCCCAACAUAGGCAGACACCUCCACCUUCAUCCCGUCGCCAUGGCAUGGGGCUCUUUCCCAAAUACGGACACUGACACGGACACAGAAACCUCCUUCUCCUCUAAGAAGAGCUACGAAGGAGGGAUUAUGACAGCCAUGUCAACCGUGGUGGCUGAUUUUGACAAAUCCGGAUACGGCGCAUUGAUACAAACACCUGCCCUGCAUCCUGGCAUGUUCUCAAUCCUAAUGCCAUGGACUUCAGGAGCAGACGUGAAAGAAAGGAUGCGCAAGUUUUCAAGAACUGCUCACGUUUUCGCUCUCGCCAGGGAUCAAGGAUCAGGAACGGUGAAGUCAGCAAGCAACAUAAGAUACCAAAUGAAGGACGUGGACAAAGAGAAUCUAAGGAGAGGAAUGGAGAAAGUGCUGAGAAUAUUGGCGGGUGCUGGAGCUGAAGAAAUAGGCACACAUCACAACAAGGGAAGGGUGUUGAAUGUGAAGAAAGUUAGUUACAAGGAGUUGGAGAAGUUUGUGAGGGAAGAGAGUUCGAGAAUAGUGGUUGACGAUGAAAUAUCAACGCCGUAUUGUUCGGCGCAUCAGAUGGGGAGUUGUAGAAUGGGGAAUGAUCCAAAGGGUUCAGUUGUGAAUCAAAUGGGUGAGACAUGGGAAGUUGAAGGUCUUUAUGUGGCUGACACAAGUGUGUUCCCUACUGCUUUGGGUGUCAAUCCAAUGGUCACUGUUCAAGCCAUUGCUUAUUGCACUGCUCAAUCUCUUCUUCAACUCCUUAAAAGAAAAAUGUAAUGUUUAUUCUUGAGAGUUAGUUACAAUCUGUUAUGAAGCUAUGCUGAGCUGGCACUUUUCUGUUAUGAAUUCUGUCGGUUAAUGCUGUAUAGCUCAGGUAUAAAUAACUAUUUUUAUUCAAAAAUAAAUUUAAUUUAAGGUUAA